AUGCGCUCCUCCGAAGCCGCCUGCCUGACAUGUCGUCAGAAGUCCCGUCGAUGUGAUCGUGGGCGGCCGAUGUGUAAACGCUGCAUCAGUAAGGGUUUGCAAUGCGGUGGGUACCCAGACAAGUUUCGCUUCUGCGGGAUCGCCAGCCGUGGCAAGUGGAAGGAUCGAGAUGCCCCGGUUGAUGUACAGGGUGCAUCUACAUCUGCAUCCGCCUCAGCUUCCCCCUCAUCAUCGAAUGUCUCAAAAAAGACUGUGUUCGAGCGAAGUGGGAUUUCAUCGAGUGCUUCUCCCCAUCAGAAGCCUGUAUCCCAGAAUUCGACCCCGAAUGAGCAGUCGGAAAUUAAGACAGUCCUCGGCUUGGAGGAAACGAAAUUACUUCUGAAACACUACGAUCACAUUAUCUGCCCUCAUCAGAUUGCCCAGCAGUCCGAUAAUAGGGACAAUCCCUAUCGCCGUUAUGUGCUGCCUCUGGCGUACGAACAGAUUGGCCUCCUUUAUGCCGUGCUUGGACUCUCUGCAUGCCACUUGGGUCAUUUGAGAUCUGAUAAGCACUUGUAUGAGACGACUGCUGUGAAUUAUCGGGUCAAGGCAAUUACUGCCCUAGGCGCAGGAAUCAGAAAAGUCUGCUCCGGAAGCUUCAGCGAUGAUGAGCGAGAUGGCGUGUUUGUAACAAUACAGAUCCUGCUGCUUCAUGAUAUUCGGGAAUCUGGCGUGUCGACGCAUGGCGCACAUAUAUCAGGCGCGCUGUCCAUUUGUUCACAGCUAAAGCUUGAUCAGCACUUGACCAUAAAAGAUGAGAGGACUGUGUUCUUCUUGGGCAAUCUUAUCUGGCUAGACAUUAUCCGAGCAUUUUCUGUGCCUGAACGAUUGUGCUUCACUCAAGAGCUUCGUCAAAAGUUGCUAUCACUAUGUGAUUUGAGAUUCGAGGAAGUGAAUGGCUGCCCGCGGGAGCUAGUUCUCAUCAUCGGUGAAAUUUUCGAGCAUGCCAAAGCCCAUUCAAGUGGCCGUCUGAGCACUGAAGAGUAUCAUACGCAAGUCCAAGCAUUGAUCCAAAAGAUGUACCUCUGGGAUAGCUCUCGGUGCUUCUUUCCCAGUGAAGAUCCUCUCUGGCGAUGCGUUGCAGAGGCCUUUCGUCAUACAUGCAUCUUACGAGCUUGGCGUCUUCUAGAUCCCACCGAACCCGCAUCGACGAUGCACAUACAGACAUCGGUCACGGCGAUCCUCGAUUCCCUUGCACAUAUCCCUGGAACCAACCCACUAAUAGAGAUCAACGUGAUGCCUCUAUUCAUAGCUGGUGCCGAUAGCCUCUCUCCUCACUCGCGUCAUUAUGUCCUCUUGCGACUUACAGAAAUUCAAGCAAGAGCUGAAAUGGGCAUGGCGGCACCUCAGUCAUUGCUUGAAAAGGUAUGGGAAGCUAGAGCCCGUCAGCCAGAAAAUGAUCAUAGUAAUGUUCCUUGGAUGGAUUUUACCCACAACGCCGACUCAAUGCAUCAGGAUGAUUAUUUGAUCAUUUAG